AUUGUCUGUGUCUGAAAUAAGAUGGCCUUAGCAUAAUGACUUUGUCUGCCCCUUUAUUCCCCCACAUUUCUCCUCAAGUCACUACGUGAUUAUAUCGCAUUUCCACACUAUGAAAAUUCCAACUACCCAGCAGCUCCAACAGUUGCAUGUCUCUCUUGAGCAGGGUGAUUAUGAGCCCGUAGCAACUUAUGACUCUACGAAAGCCACGUAUCUCCAAGAUCAAGAAACUCUUCAAGAAAGCCUGUUGGGUUUAUGCUCCGCCAACGGAUGGCAUAAAAGUUCUAGAGCAGCAUGCUCUCCCCGGCCGAUCCUCGUUAGCUCGGAGCACCAGCGGCGAUGGAGGGAGCUUCAUGAAGCUCUAGUCCUAGCUAUAACCGACAUUGUGGAGAGAUGGUUAACAGACACCGAGGCUGGAUUUCCGGAACGGAUGCCUUUGGAGCCGGAGGAGGAAGAUUUACUGCGUUGGAUUGACGAGCAAGUGCCUCACAACCUUCCACGGUACCGAGACUGCCGGGGCUCAUGGAGACCCGACUUCCUGGUGGAACAGGACACCAGUGAUGAGAGCUCGGGGCCUGUCGAGGGCUUCCGUAUAAGUGAGAUCAAUGCCCGUUUUUCCUUUAACGGGUUUAUGUACGUUACUUGUGGGCAAAAGGCAAUGCAAGACAUGGGUAUUUGUGACCAUGGUAAUGGCCUGGUAAGCGCCACGGAUCCGGCGAAGAUCCUGAAUGGCAUUUUAAGCCUCUUCCAGCCCAACCGCCCAUUGCACUUUUUGAAGGGCGAUGAAGCUGGGAUUGACAUCCACAUGGUAGUGGACUUCCUCAACCGUUAUCUGGGAGUAAGCCCCCGAUUUGUUACCCCUGCAGAUCUGAGGCUGUUACCCGACCCGCAGGCAAAGGGGGGCUACAAGCUCUGCUGUGUGGUUAAAAGCCCGGAUAGCUCGCAAAACUCCGAUGCUUCUUCACUUAUUCACCAUAAUGGAGAGUGCUUGGAGGAAAUUCAUCAGGUCGGUCUGGAGCUACACCAGCGAGAGAUCAGUGCCUUGGGGCCGGAAAUGCUCCGGCAAGUGAGCCUCAGAUGCUUUAACGAUCUGCGUACCAUUUUGCUCGUUCACGAUAAGAGAAUGCUUGGAAUCGUCAAGCAGGAACUUGACCAUUUAGUGGCAAGAAAUGUUCUUACACCGUCCCAGGCGAGAGUUCUCGACAAGGGCAUCCCAGAAACAAUUCUCCCUGGGUCAUUAGAGCUCGACCAGGCAAUUGCUAACUGCAAGGAACUGCCAGGCCUAAAGGAUGAAUAUCUUCUCAAGCCUAUCCGGAGUGGAAAAGGUGACGGGAUCGUGUUUGGUGAGGAUAUGGACUCGAAGGAGUGGAUUUCAAGACUGGAGAACCUGCGGUCCGCGCAAUUCCUAUCCGGCAGUGGAACCUGUGUUGUCCAACGCAAGGUCAAGCAGCCCUUGUACGACGUGGUGUUGAGGCCAACGGCCAGCGACCUCAGCUGCGCAACGCGAUCAAGCCACGUUACCGACGUUUCAAACGCCCUCCGGAAAAGCGGCAUCCUCAAAGUCAGCCUGCAGUUCAAAGAUGACGCUAGCAAAUACCUCCAAAAUCUCAUUCUCGGUCUCCACAAACACCACGGACACGGGUUACCCAUUACCCAUAGUGCAUCGCGCGGCUGGUUCUGGGACAUUCGACCCAAUAGCACGACAUUCCAGACCCCAUCCCACCAGGCCCGGUCCGAGACCAUGCAGGAAUUCCCUUGGCACACGGAUUGCAGCUAUGAGGAGGCCCCGCCCAAAUACUUUGCGUUACAGGUUCUCCGGGAAGAUCGCUGUGGCGGCGGUACGCUCUCGGUAAUGAACGUGGGGAGGCUAAGCUCCAUGCUCUCGCCGUCUACGUGCGCCGCACUGCUGCGGCCCGAGUUCCGUAUCGAUGUUCCUCCAGAGUUCGUGAAAAGCGACGCCAGCCGACACAUUAUUGGUAGCCUAAUGGCUGCUGACUUGAGUGGUGCGCCAAGUAUGUUACGCUUCCGGGAGGACAUCAUGACUCCCCUGAGUAUGGAUGCUGCCGCCGCGCUAGCGGAGCUAAAAGAGUGUUUGCUAGGAUUGGAGGUACAGACGGAGACGCUCCAUCUUACGCCUGACUGCUUACCUCGGGGUUCUGUCGUGCUCAUGGAUAACCGCCGGUGGCUUCAUGCGCGGAACGAGGUUAUGGAUCCCGAGCGCCACUUGCGCCGGGUGCGCUGGGACGCCAGCCCAUUUCCUGCCAUGAGUAUCUAG